CCGCCGAUAUAGCGACUUUUUGUAUUCUAUAUUUCCUUCUCACUCGUUCAACACGCCUAAUCUUCCUAUAACACGCUCCUGGGUCCUGGGGAGUCGUGUCUUCUUCUCCCUCCUUGCCUCCUCCCUCUCUCCCCUCCUCGCCGACAUGGCACCUAUAGGCAGAGCUGUCUUUGCGACGCUGCUCAUGAACGAUGCCUAUCUCCCAGGUGCUAUGGUCCUCGGCCAUUCCCUCAAAGACAGAGGCGCAAAAGCUCCCUUGGUAGCUUUCGUCACCGUCGACCGACUGGGUGCAGACACCAUUAACGAACUUCGAACCGUUUAUGAUGAAAUCAUCCCUAUCCAGCAGAUCACGAACAAGAACCCUGCGAACCUCUACCUCAUGAACAGACCCGACCUAAUAUCCACCUUCACCAAAAUCGAGCUAUGGAGACAAACACAGUACAAGAGGAUAAUAUACAUGGAUGCCGACAUGGUUGCACUCAGAGCUCCGAACGAGCUACUCACCCUCGACACCGACUUUGCUGCGGUACCAGAUAUUGGCUGGCCGGAUUGCUUCAACACUGGCUUGAUGGUUCUCACACCCAACAUGGCAGACUAUUACGCCUUGCUAGCUUUGGCACAACGGGGUAUCAGCUUCGAUGGAGCAGACCAGGGUUUACUCAACAUGCACUUCCGCGAGUGGGAAAGACUGAGCUUCGUCUACAAUUGCACACCCAGCGGGAAUUACCAGUAUGUACCUGCCUACCGACAUUUUCAGAGUAGUAUUGCCGUGGUCCACUUCAUCGGUCAAGACAAGCCCUGGACGUUAGGGAGAGAAAACAGGUUCAGUACGGGCGUCUAUGGCGAGCUGUUGGGCAUGUGGUGGUCCGUCUAUGAUCGGCAUUAUCGGCCAAAGACAGUCACGCAUUACGACCCUCGGACGUACGCCUCUGCAAAAAAGGUCCAAGACUACGUCCAUGGUGAAGAACCUAUUUAUGCCCCGAGCUACUCCAGCCAGCCUAUCAUAGGCUCAACACAAGCACUUCAGGGCGCAGGGUCUCCUACUCAACAAGGGCAGAUUCCAUUACCUUCAGAAAUCACCAUCCCUGGCUCUGAAUCUAGCCACCCUGUCGAGGUAGAAAUGCCUCUUGGGGAUGCUCCUCCUCCAGCAAUGCGAUCAGAUUUCGCGCCCGUUUCAACGACAGAACAAAGACGGUUUAGUGCACCUCAUGUUGAAUGGGAACCCAUGAGAGCACCGCCACCUGCGGAUUCGAAACCCGAAGCAGCCAAUUUCCCGACCGUAACUUACGAUAUGUCGAGCGACACGCAACUCUUCCAACCCCCGACUCAUUACCCCGAAGCCCCUCGAGAUAUGUGGUAUCAAGUACCAGAAAAGGCCCCUGAACCUGUUAAGCCCAAACAGAUCUUUCCCUGGGAAGCACGAGCUCCCAAACCAACUCGAGUAUUUCCAAAGACGAAAUCCCCGAGUCCUCCUCUUUUGCCAGUAGAAGAGCCGAUGUCCGAGCUCCAACAAGAAGAGGUGACCACCCCCUCAGCAGCAACAGACGCCACCGACAUUACCGAAGAGAGCGUACCUACCCCUACGCAACGAGAGCCCAUCAACCCAUGGGAAGCUUUCCAGCAGCGAACAAAUGCAUGGGACGAUAUGCCCGAAAUCGAGCGAUACGUGCGCGCAUUCAGCCAAGCCCGAAAGGGAAAAAUACAAGUCCUGCACCACACGCCUCCUCAGCGUUCUCCCGGUGGUACUGCCAUUACCUCACCUUCCGCUGACUCCCAGCGACGACCGAGCUUGAGACUAACCGAUUUCCCCACCGCAGUCGAACGACCGAGCUUACCCGUGACACCAGCGCCGAUCCGACGAGCCACGAUAUGGGGUGAGGAGAGAGAUGAAGAAACUCUGCCAGCAGCAGAAGGAGUGCCAAAGCAAGAAGAAUGGGUGCGUCGAUUCUCCUCCUACCCCACGCCUGAAUUUGAUGCUGCUUCGUCCGCGCCCCUUGUACAUGAUUUACCCCAUGUUGUUUACUGGAGAUGCCAAUAUUGUGGUAAACAGAACCCGGUCACAAAGCUCGAAGAACUCCAAAGACGGCAGAGCGAGUUAUUGAUGUCGCCCACCGGAUCGAGACAAUUGGGCGAGACUGAUGAUCUUCCCCGACGACAAAUGCCAGAAAGUCAGAGUAAAGAGGCGGUAAUAGAGAAGGCAGAGUUGUCGAUAUCGCCGAAAAAGACGCCAAAGGUGCCGAAGCCGAUUUUGAAGGCACCGCAUUUCGAGCUGGGGCAAGGAGUGGAUGAGCCAGCAAAGAAGGAAGAUCUUCCGAGCCCAACAUCGAGACCUCCAAUCUCCCAAGCAGCUUCGUUGUAGAGACUACGACGCUCGAGGAUGAAAGGCGGCGCUGCAUGAAUAGAAGCACGGAUCGACGUAAUGGUAAUGAACUCUGGUAAAUUGUUGGUUGCGAAGUCUACUUGGAGGUUGGCUUGCAAGUUGAGAUUGGUUUAUGUGGCAUUUGGCGUUGCUGGUGGAUUGCGCAAUGGAGCAUUUCUGCCGGUUCAAGGUCCGAGGAAACAUUGCAUUUGCAUUCCGUCGCCUUUUCUUCUGCUUGUAUAUCGAAUUAGCAUGGCGAGCCUGGAGUUUGUUCAUGUUGUUUUUGGCUGCAUUUGCUCAAGCUCUCUACUGACGUUCUCCGAUCUUCUACCCAGAGUCUACGUACAGUGUCCACUCUGUUCUUGCACAAUCACUCAUCCUCCUCUUGCAGCUCACAGUCUCUGGUCUCGAGGUCGACCUCCGCGCUGAGUCGUUUCACGCAAGAUCCGUUUCAAGGCCUUGCCAGCAGCGUUCCGCGGUAUGACGUUAACGAAGUAGAUUCCGCCUGUCAGUGCUUUGUACUUGGCCAGCCUCUCGCCGCAGAAUAAUAUGAGCUCUUUCUUGCUC